AUGCCGUCCACAAAGCAGCAGCGUGCCCGUCGCCAGACCGCACCCUCGGGCCCGCCGCGGAAGCCAACCGCCAACGAAAUGCAACCUAAACUGGAGACAACACGGGAACAGCCAGAUGGUCUCCUUCAAUGGAGCAUUCCAAGCUGGGACAAUGAACUGGAGUUCUCCAAAUGGCUCAAUGGUGUGAGAGAUAACCUGGUUGAAGAGAGCUACGACCAGUACCAGACCUGUUUAGAUGAACUCCAGCAGUCAAAGGAACAUAUUGACGAGAUUCUAACGAGCACCCUGACCUUACUUGAUGAUCUCUCCAGCCUAUCUGAGUCCUUCAAAGCUGUCGAGUCGCAGACUUCCAACUUCGAGAAACAAUGCGAGGGGCUUUUAUCUGCCCAGGAACGAGAUACAAAACUUGCCAAUAACAUACAAAGCAACCUUCAUUACUACGACUUCUUGGAUCCAGCUUCGCGACGCCUCAAUGCCCCGGGAGCUGGAAAUACUGUCCGUGACCAGGAGUUCUCGGGCAUGCUGCGGCGCCUUGAUGUUUGCUUGGAUUACAUGGAAACGCAUCCUGAGCAAAAGGAAGCCGAGGUAUACCGCUCCAGAUACAGGCUUCUCUUAACGCGUGCCCUCACACUGAUCCGAGGAAAUUUUGUUACUGCACUCCGAGAUAUUUACCAAAGUGUUUCGAAAAAGAUUUCCGACCCAUCGUUGAACGACACAGCCAUGUCAGCUCUUCUGUACGCCAAAUUUAGAGUGGGGGCGCCCGAAUUGAAACAGAUUGGACUCGAAAUCCAGAAGCGAGCUGUCCCACCGUUGAACCCGGAUCAGAACAAUGAGGCAGAAUAUCAAAGCUUGAUGAAUGAGUUGCACAGCAGCUACUCGGCUACUCGUGCACGACUUAUCGUACCACUCGCGCGUAAGAAGCUCAAUGAAAUCACACAGGCGCCCAGCUCAUCCAAGGACUUGGUGGCAUUUGCUCGGGCAAGCAUUAGUUACAUCCGCGGCCUAUGCUUAGACGAAUACGAUUUGUGGGCUGAAUGGUUUCAUGGCCAAGGUGGGAUGUACGAUUUUCUUGAAACCAUUUGUGAGCCUCUCUAUGAUCACCUUCGCCCUCGGAUCAUCCACGAGACCGACAUUCGCAAUCUUUGUCAACUCUGCACCUUAUUGCAAACCCGGUAUUUCCUGGACCCAGAGGAAGAACAAGAGCAAACAGACACGAACCAACUUGACUUCUCAGUUUUGAUUCAGCCCGCCUUGCAGGACGUUCAAACUCGACUUGUGUUCCGUGCUCAGGCCGUCCUUCGCGAUGAAAUCGAGAGGUACAAGCCUCGCCCUGAAGACAUUGAUUACCCUAUGCACAGCAAACAGGUAUCCCUGACUGUGACCGAUACACAAAUUUCAGGGAAGAAAGAUACUUCAGCAGACACUAUGAUUGACAUGACGAAAUCCAUUGAGGAUGAAGAAAAUAGUGGUGCACAGGAGCAAGAUGGAAAGUGGGACUUCGAAACGCAGACCGCGCUUAAGGGAUGGUAUCCCACCCUUCGAAAGGCUAUCUGGCUGCUCAGUCGGAUCUAUCGUCUUGUCAACUCCACUGUUUUUGAUGAUUUGGCGCAUCAAAUUGUCCAUCAGACUACUCUGUCCCUCCACCAUGCCAGUACCCUUAUUUCUAGUAAAUCCACGCCUGCCGAUGGACAACUCUUCCUGAUGAGCCACCUCCUUAUCCUAAAACAACAGAUCGUCGCGUUCGACAUAGAAUUCGUUGCGCCCGAAGUGUCCUUCGACUUUUCUGGUGUCACCAGCACAUUUUGGGAGCUCCGUGAGCGCGGUGGCCUCUUCAACCCGCGGAAUCUAGUACGUCUUGUCGGACACGGUCUUAUUCCACGCGUUGUGGAGAACAUGCUCGAUGCCAAAGUUGAGCUCGACGGUCGCCUACGAACCGUUAUCAAUGACUUCAUCAACGCUUUCGCCGCUCGUACGACCGCAUCAUUGCCAACAAAGUUCGUCGAUACUCGGAACCUGCAACGUGGCGAGUUGAUCUAUCCUUCUUGCAACACUAUCGAGAAAGAGGUCCCGGCUCUUCGUAAGAUUCUGAAUGAGUACAUUGAUGACACUCGCAUGAAGGAAACCCUUGUCGGGGCGGUGCAAGAUCGGACGAUCCAAAUCUACGAAGAUUUCUUCGACCGAUACACCUCAUCGGAGAAAGGAAAGGGUCAUACUGUCAGCAGAAACGGCAAGGGUCGGGACGAUGCCAUCUGGGACGUUGAGACCUUUGCUGAAUGGUGCGAGGGUGUUUUCCGAGUCGGUGUCGCUGGUUUUCAGUCUGAGCAGGUGGAUAACCUGAGCGAGGACGAUGAGGACCUGUUGAGCACGAGCUCGUAG